UACGGACUUCAACGAAUCAUGUAUGUAAAUAAAUUCGAAGCUUACAGCUGGGUAAAGUUUCAGCUCAUGACAUAUUCAAAUAUUAAAAAUAUGUCGCAUUAUUAUCUCCACGAAAAUUGUAAGCUUUUUAAGUGUCCUGAAUACUGAAUACAUGUUUUUUACAACGCCGUCUCGUGCUGUCAGACAGGUAGCUAAAGUGUAGAAAGUGGAGAAAGUUCUUCAGAGUGUCGCUCAUGGUGUCGGAACAAAUAUAUAAAUGCGAUUUCUCCCUUGUCAGAUUUUCCCAGAAAGUUACAAGUGAAAGUCAUCAGUGCUACAUCAGGUCUCAAAAUGUCGACUGGGUUGGUGUGUCAUGGUGUGGUGAAUAAGAUAACCAAGCGUCAAGAGAAAGCAAGAUGCCGAGACAUUAUUGUCCUCGCCUAACCAGAGUGAACAUGAUUUCGUUCGCAUCCAUUCCACUUCAUCCUGUCUGGGUAAGCCUGCCAAGAAUUCUUCUGCCCACUACGCCUACCACCACCACAUUAAUAAAAAGUAUGUCGAGGAACAAUGCGAUUGGGGGAAAAUCGCGAGGGUGUAGACAGAAUUCUAAAUUCUCAACAAGUGCUAAUGGGCUCUCCUUGGGAUUAUCUGACGAUGGCGGAGGGAGGAAUGUGGAUUUUUUCGGGACAAGGAGGAAUUUUUGUUCCGCAUCCAACGGAUUCCGCGUAUCGGAGGAGGUCAGGGUGGGAGUGGAGCAGGGGAAACCUGUCGUAGCCUUGGAGUCCGCCAUCAUCACGCAUGGAAUGCCACAUCCACACAACGUCGAAUCUGCUCUCCACUUCCAAAACAUCGUUAGAGAACUGGGUGCAAUUCCAGCCACAGUGGGAGUAAUACAAGGUCAGUUAACUGUGGGCCUGUCCGAUGAUGAAAUCGUCAGUUUGGGAUCCACCAGGGAGAAAAAUGAUCGGGCUGUGAUAAAAAUUUCUAGAAGAGAUUUGCCAAUCGCGUUGUCUCAAAGACUGAAUGGUGGGACAACAGUGUCAGGAACUAUCAUUGGAGCCGUUAAAGCUGGAAUUCACAUUUUUGCUACUGGAGGAAUUGGUGGAGUGCAUCGUGGGGCCGAGACAACUUUCGAUAUUAGUGCAGACCUUAGAGAAUUGGGAAGAAAUCAGAUCGCCGUCGUUUCCGCAGGCGUCAAAUCUAUUUUGGACAUUGGGAAAACUCUAGAGUAUUUGGAAACGGAAGGUGUUUGCGUGGUCGUGCUGAAGAAAAAGGAGGAGAAAGGAGAAAGAUAUAAUGAGUCGGAUGUUUGUCCUGAAAUGGAAAUUGAGGGAGAUGUGCCAAAAUCCGGGCAAAUUGGCAGGGUUAAAUUUCCAUCAUUUUUCACUGCCGAAAGCCAAUUUGCAGCUCCUUAUUCCUUGUCCGAUGAGCUCCAAGCUGCUCAUCUCGUUAAUUCUUCAAUAAAUUUCAAACUAAAUUCGGGCAUCUUGAUUGCCAUCCCAAUUCCUAAAGAAGGUGAAGCGUUGGUGGGAGGUGAGCGGAUUGAGGAGGCCGUGAAGGUUGGGCUGAAAAGGGCUCGCGAGUUGGGCAUCGAAGGGAAAGAAACAACCCCGUUUCUUCUGGCCGAGGUCAACCGUGUCACUCAAGGCUCCUCACUCGCUGCCAAUAAAUGCCUCGUCGAAAAUAAUGUCAGAUUUGCGACACAAAUUGCCAUCCUUCUCGCCAAGCUGAGAAGGGGAACUAACAUGAUGUCUCACGAUGGGGAAUCAGGAGGAUCCAAAGGUCGAAAGCAAUGUGUCAAAGUUGACUCGAAUCGGUGCAAAGCAAGACUGGCGAAUCAAUCUAUGGAAAAUACCACCAGUAUUUUCAGUGACAAUGAGAAAAUAGUUGACAAUCCGCAAGGGAAUAUUUCACCCCAACGAGAUAAAAGAUUUAUAGUUUCCGAAAAAACUUUGGGCAAAUUGGACUCUGGUGGUGCUGGGAAAGUGAAUGCUGAGGUGGGAGAAAGUGGAAACGGAUGGCUGGCUGUGCGUCACAAAAGACCUGUUGUAGUGGGAGGGUCAUCGAUGGACCUCAUAAUGUCGGUUAAGGAGCCAAACAUUUUGUCGGACGGAAGGACGCAUAGAACAAAAAUAAGAACCGCAGCCGGAGGAGUUGGUCGCAAUUUGGCAGAAGCUCUGAGUAAAUUGGAGCACAAUCCUGUGUUGAUAUCCUGUAUUGGAGAUGACCUAUUUGGGAGGGAGCUGUGGAGGCACUUUCACACGCUCAAAAUGGACACCAGUAAAAUUUUCACCCUAAGCGACACCUCCACCGCCAUUUACUCGGCUCUCCUCAAUGCCAACGGAGAAUGUGUUUUUGGCCUCGGAGACAUGGAAAUUUAUGACUUGAUAAGUGCAAAGGUCAUCACGGAGCAAUGUGGACAAGUCAUUCGGGAUGCAGGGAUUGUGAUUAUUGACGGAAAUCUCUCUGUGGACGUCAUGACCCAUGUUAUGACCCUUUGCGUCGAGAACAGAGUCCCACUUUGGUUUGAACCGACUGAAGUCCGUAAAGCCAAAAAAAUCCUGCAAGUCCCUCGAGAAUUGUGGAAAUGUGUGCGAUUUCUCUCCCCAAAUUUGAGAGAGUUAGCGAGUAUCGUAGAAAUGGAUCUAGACGACGACGAUUUAUCUGCGACCCACUCUGGAGGGACCAAUAACAAUUUCACCUUCGACCUUUCCAAAAUGCAAUCCCUGUACGAACAGUGCUUCUCUUUGUUUGUCGGACUGGAGAUAAUUCUCCUCACAAACGGGAAGUAUGGAAUCCAGAUAAUUUCCCGACAAGGUCACGGUGAGAUUGGUGGUACGCGUGGUCUGUCCAUUGCAUCUUAUCCACCACCCGAUAUAGGAGAAGGUGGGAUCAAAAGCGUUUCUGGAGCCGGGGAUUGUCUCAAUGCGGGAUUCAUUUCGGGAAUAUUGCAAGGAAUGAGUUGGCCUGAUUGUGCCAUUUUAGGGACGAUGUGUGCCAAGAAAUCUCUCGAGUCGAUGAACAACGUGCCUGAGCAGUUUUAGGGACAAUUAAAUAAUAAAAAAUAGGAUUUACGUUUAUGAUGUACUUGACAGGCUUGUCUUUAUUAGACCAUCAGAUUUAUGCAUGAGCUAGUUACCAGUCUUGCUAAUCACGAUUUCAGACAUACUUAUUAAACAGCAAAUUACACAUACAAGAUUUGUGGGAAUUUCAUAUUAGUAACCAAUUAUUAUUAGUAGUAGUACAAUACCAAUAAACUCUUAAAUUCUUUGAUUUAUAACCAAUUUUUUUGGAGGAUCGAACAUGUUUAUGCACUUAUGUAACUUAAUUAUGAAUAUCACACAAGAAGAUUCAAGUCCACAGGGUUAAAU